UAUUUAGAUAUAGAUCCUGUAUUUACUGAUGAAGCUAUAAAAUCUACGCUGCUGUCUUCUGGAGAGUUUUGAUGUUGUAAAUGGAGACAGUGGGAGGCGCAAACUACAUCAUCCCAUAUCGAAUCGAAAGUAAAUCGAAUGAGGAAAUAAAAAAAGGCACACUUGCGAGACGUCCUCGUCCUACAGGUUCUCCUCUGCACCUGUACACGUCUGAUCCCGACGUAUUUAUUUGUAUUUAACUGGAAAAAAGUUCGCUCGAUCAUGUCCAGAGCAUCGACACUGAAAAUAAGCAGCGGGAGCGCGCUUCAGGUGGAAAACUUCCGCAAGUCCCUUUAUCAUGAGGCAGAGAAGUUGUUCUCCAGUUACAUCCCCUUGAAGAUUGUGCAGCUGGAUGCUCUGCUCAGGGAUGACGCCCUCAGUAUCACAGACAUGUCUUCGCUUCAGGCUCCGCUGGACAUCCCCAUCCCCGACCCUCCGUCCCCAGAGGACGAGGAAAUGGAGACCGACAAGAAUGAAGAUGAGGAGAAGAAAAAGAAGAAAGCGCCAAAAUGCGGCUUCAUCAAGGGGAACGAGAAGAUCAUGAUGCUUCUGGAUCGAGUGAAACCAGAGAUCGUUGCUCUUAGAGAGACCAUUAUCAUUGUGUCCUGCUGGAUCCAGCACCUCAUCCCAAAAAUAGAAGAUGGGAACGACUUCGGAGUUGCCAUUCAGGAGAAAAUCUUGGAGAGAAUCACCGCAGUCAAGACAAAAGUUGACGGUUUUCAGACCAACAUCAACAAGUACUUCUCAGAGAGGGGAGACGCUGUCGGCAAAGCUUCCAAAGAAACUCAUGUGAUGGACUACCGCUCGCUCGUCCACGACAAGGACGAAGCCAUCUACUCUGAGAUCAGAGUGAUCGUCCUCGACGUCCGCGGCUUCUACGCUGAACUUUAUGACAUCAUCAGCAAGAAUCUUGAAAAGGUGACCAAUCCGAAAGGAGAAGAGAAGCCGUCCAUGUAUUGAAGCUGGAGGGAAGCGGAGGUGAUGAUCUGGAGGUACCACAGGGUCAGAUUCUUCCAUCCUCUGCCUCACUGCUGUUGUUCACAUGGUGUAUUCAGCACAAACCGACUCGCUGUUCAGUAACUCUGCGUUUUCCUACCAAUCAGUUUCAUCUCUCGAUUUUUUGCUUCUUCAGCUCCAACAGGGACAAAAACAAAAAAAACUGGGUCAAAGUUUUCUUACUGCUGUUGUAUGAUGACACUUUUUUGACUUUGUACCACUAUUUGCACUAAAUAUAUCUGAGUGUGCUUCAUUGUUUGACUUUGUUUUCAUAAAUAGAUAAAAGACAAAUAAAGAAAAUUGUGUGAGAUUCUCA